GGUCUUGGUUGUCACUUCCGGCUGUUUGUCUGGGAAGCGGAUUCGUUCGGAGCGGAGCGCGCGGACCCCGGGACCCGGCCCACCAGCUGCACAGGCCUCCGCCAUGGCCCGGGACUACGACCAUCUCUUCAAGCUGCUUAUCAUCGGAGACAGCGGUGUUGGAAAAAGUAGUUUACUUCUAAGAUUUGCUGACAACACAUUUUCAGGCAGCUACAUCACAACCAUUGGCGUUGACUUUAAAAUCCGGACAGUCGAAAUCAAUGGGGAGAAAGUGAAGCUCCAGAUUUGGGACACUGCGGGUCAAGAGCGAUUUCGAACCAUCACCUCCACAUAUUACAGAGGAACACACGGCGUUAUUGUUGUUUAUGACGUGACCAGUGCGGAAUCUUUUGUGAACGUCAAAAGAUGGUUACAUGAAAUAAAUCAGAAUUGUGACGAUGUAUGUCGGAUAUUAGUGGGUAACAAGAAUGAUGACCCUGACCGGAAAGUGGUGGAGACAGAAGAUGCUUUCAAAUUUGCCGGGCAGAUGGAUAUUCAGUUGUUCGAGACUAGCGCCAAAGAAAACAUCAAUGUUGAAGAGAUGUUUAACUGCAUUACUGAGCUAGUCUUGAAAGCAAAGAAAGAGAACUUGGCAAAGCAGCAGCAGCAACAACAGAACGACGUGGUCAAAUUAACCAAAAACAGUAAAAGGAAGAAGCGGUGCUGCUAGGGGGCUGGCACGCCGCAGAGAGCCUGCUCUCGGUCCGAACAUUCGCUCCUGGGAUAAAGAGUACCUGUGCCACGGGCAGUGCCCAGCUUUUCAGGGGUUGGGGCAUUUUGUCAAUCUUGUGCUGUUUAUUUAAAAAAAAAAAAAUACUCCAGGUUUUCUAUCGAGAGGCGCGGGCACCUUUUCACUGCUGUGCCAAGAAGGUGUCGUGGAUUCUUGUCGUCCCCCUUGUCACUCCUGUCCAGAGCGUCUGCUAGGAAAGGACAAUUGCAGUGCCUACCUUAUGGACUGAUUAACAAGAGUCUGUACAUACUGUAUAUUGCGUUAACCAGCCUCGCCUCCCUCCCUAUCGCUUCUGGCUUCUUCUCGCCAAUCUGUCGUCAAUAUGAACUGAUCAACAUUUUUAAAGAUUUAGUACAGAUGGCGUCUUAACCUUAGCUUGAGCCUGGUUUCUAUCCCCCCCGUUAGGGCGAGAAUGACCAGGCCUCGCUGUUAAUUUGCUUUUCUGCUGUUUAGUUUUUGUCUGUAUUUAAAUUCAUGCUUAAGUGACCAUUACAUUGUCCAGGGCAGCAUACGAAACUACAAGGAUAUUUUUGUUUUUAAUGAAAGGUUGGGCAGAUACCGAUCUGUUACCAGCCACUUGUUUUGAUCUGACUGAGAAAAAAAAAAAACAAAAUCAUUGUAAAUUUAGAGGAAAACCAUUCUGAAAAUAAUCUGCCAAAUUUUUUGUACCAUCUUGUUCAUAAAUAGGAACAAACUAAUAAAAUGUGAACUAUGGGUCCUGAAUUGAAAAUGUUGUUUUUCUGAGUAAUUGUACACAUCCUGUAUUAAAGUUUACCCCUGUAGUGUA